AUGGAGAUCGAAAUGCCGUUUGUAGCUCCGAUCGUGGCGAUGCAAACCGUCCGAAUUCCUUUCGACGCACGCAAGAUGCGCGAGGAGAUGGCGACGAUGGAUGAUCGUCUCAAGAAGCUAGAGGAAUACGCUUUGACACAAAAAUGGAUAGUUCUCGAUUCUUCGGUGUCGAUCGCACGCAGAGCGCUGACGAACAACACCUACCUGCAAGAUCGUCUGUACAAACAUUUGAAACUCACGCCGCCGCCGGGCGCGAAGACCAGUAUCGACGCCAACAACUUGCGCAAGCUCUACGAGCAAAGUAAUCAUCCGUUUCCGUUGCUCAUCAUAGAACACAGGAGCGUGUUCAAGAGACGCGGUUUCGCCGACACCAUUCUCGGCAUGUACGCCGAUGACUCUCGCAUUCGCUAUUCCAUCUUUCAAACCAAUCACGACUGUGGAAGGUUGGCGCACAGCGAACCAAAUUUUCACUCGCUAGCGCACGACAUGACGUGUGGUGAUCAAUUCUACGGCCUCGACGCGCCGAAGAUAUCGAUACGGUCCGCCUUCGUGCCCCCGGCGGCCAAGGUGUUCGUUCGCGCGGAUUAUUCGCAGCUGGAGCUUCGAAUCAUGGCGCACUUCAGUGGAGAUCGCACGCUGAUUCACAUGCUUCAAAAUCCUGAACCAAACAACUUAAAAGACGACCCGUUUACGAUGCUCGCUAGCAAGUGGUACAGAAAAGCCCCCGACACCGUGCUCGCCGAAGAGCGAACGAAUUGCAAAAAUUUGGUAUACGGAUUGUUGUACGGCAGCGGAGCUAAGAAAUUGGCAUCUGAUUUGCGCAUGUGCGAAGAAGCGGCGAAAUCCGAGGUCGCUCGAUUCAAAUCUAUGCUUCCACGUCUGAUGGAAUGGCUAGACGGCAUCGUCAUCCGCGCGCGAGAGGAAAAGCCAAUCGCUCGAGUGACGACCAUCAGCGCUCGGCACAGAUAUUUUCCAGAUUUGCACUCAAAGAAUAACGACGACAGGGCCGCCGCGGAGCGGCAGGCGGUGAACACGGUGUGCCAAGGCAGCGCGGCAGAUAUCUUCAAGACCGCAGUCGUGCGCGUCAUCGAUACUUUGCGCACAAAGUAUCUCAUCGAACGAUGUCAGCUCGUGUUGACGGUGCACGACGAGUGCGUUUUCGAGUGCGACGCGCGCAGCGCCAAAGCCAUCGCACAAAUCGUGCGACACGCCAUGGAAUCCGUCGCGAACGAAUUCAAUUUAGCCGUGCCGCUGCCCGUCAAGGUUCAAAUCGGAUCGUCGCUCGGUGACGACGCCUUCGCCGUCGUCCCGCGCCCGUCGAGUCGGUUGCCGUCGGCGGCGAACACGCCCGCGCAAUCGCCAAUCAAAUCGCGCGGGCCUUAGCGACGCCCCGCGAUCGCGACGCUCGACGUCGUUUCGCGACCACGUGCGCACCGUUCGCG